UACUCUGGAACACUAAUGGACAUGUCAAGCCACGUGCGCCAUCACAACGCCCAACAACCACUGUUGGUCCAAUUUGGUUGUUCUUAAUUCGAUCACGCACCGCACCAACCGCGCCCUUUACCCCAAGAUGGAUGGAUCCGACAACUCCGGCCGCGCUCCGAUGGCGUCGAUCGGUCUCUGACGCCGUCGACGGCGUUGUUUCGAAUCUUGCUGCUCCAGAAGACAAAUCAAAAUUACCGUUGGUUUACGGUGGUUCCACUAAGCUGGGUUAUAAAAGUGAGUUAGUUGUGAGCUUGUGUGUUAGAAGAGCCGGCGGCGGCGGCGGCGGCGAUGUCGGAGCCGGUGGUGGUCGUGGGCGGGUGGGCGAGCCCGUUCGUGUCGCGAGUGUGCAUCGCGCUCAGGCUCAAGGGCGUGGAGUACGAGUUCCUCCAGGAAGCGGUGGGCAGGAAGAGCGAGCUGCUGCUCAGGUCCAACCCCGUGUACAAGAAGAUGCCCGUGCUCCUCCACGGCGGUCGCCCCGUCUGCGAGUCCCUGGUAAUCCUGCAGUACGUCGACGAAGCUUUCUCCGCCGCCGGGAAGCCCAUCCUUCCGGCCGACCCCUACCACUGCGCCGUCCACCGGUUCUGGGCAGAGUAUGCCGACUCCAAGCUCCAUUCACCACUUCGGACAUUGAGAGGUAUGGUCGGCGGCGACAAGGCUGAUGCCGCGGAGCAGGUGUCCGCCGCGCUCCGGCAGCUGGAGGAGGCCUUCGUGGAGUGCAGCUGCGGGAAGCCCUACUUCGGUGGGGAUGACGUCGGCUUCCUGGACAUCGUCGUUGGCUCCUACAUCGGGUGGUUCGGAGCCGCGGAGAGGAUCGCUGGGCUUCCCGUCCUCGACGAGGCCAGAACGCCGCGGCUAGCGGCCUGGGCGGUGCGGUUCUGCGCGCACGAAGCCGUCGGGGACCUCGUGCCCGACGCCGCCAGGCUCGUUGAGUUCGGAGAGGUGCUCCGCGCGGCGCUGGCGGCCAACGCUUCCUCCCGGCCGUGAGGCGCUGCCGCGCCGGGGGCCUCAGCGAUCGGAUCCAGCUCCAAGGCUCCAGUCUGGUUGGUUGGGUUCACUUGUCCCUACAUACCCGCACAUACGUCUCUGAAUAAAUAAUGUUAUUCAGCGAACGUUUUGUCGGAGGUGCAAGUUAUAACAAACAUUUUUCAUGUCAAUUUAUAUGUUGGAAGCAUUGACAAUUCUUACAAGCGAACACAGGAAUUUUCGCGCAAAAUCCUCUGUUGAAUUUGUGAAGAAAUUGUCACGUGCUUUUGAAGAAUUUGCCAUACAAAACAUUCACAAUUUCAUGUCCCACGGCAAAUGUUUGCUAGUUAUUGGGGUCCAUAAACAAUUGCCAUACUCUGAUGGUCACAAUCUCAAAUGGUUUAAGAACUCGAGGCUA